CGCGGAGAGGACCCGGCGGCGGGGCCUGCGCGGGGCCGCGCGGCGGCGGCGGCGACUUCCUCCGCGCCGAGACGGACAGCGCAGGGCCAUGGCCGAGGCGGCCGCGGCUCCGAUUUCCCCGUGGACGAUGGCAGCUACGAUCCAGGCCAUGGAAAGGAAGAUUGAAUCACAGGCUGCUCGAUUGCUCUCCCUAGAAGGUCGAACCGGGAUGGCAGAGAAGAAGCUGGCCGACUGCGAGAAGACGGCCGUGGAGUUCGGGAACCAGCUGGAGGGCAAGUGGGCCGUGCUGGGGACCCUGCUGCAGGAGUACGGGCUGCUGCAGCGGCGCCUGGAGAACGUGGAGAACCUGCUGCGAAACAGAAACUUCUGGAUCCUGCGGCUGCCCCCGGGCAGCAAGGGCGAGGCCCCCAAGGAGUGGGGCAAGCUGGAGGACUGGCAGAAGGAGCUCUACAAGCACGUGAUGCGGGGCAACUACGAGACGCUGGUGUCCCUGGACUAUGCCAUCUCCAAGCCCGAGGUCCUCUCCCAGAUUGAACAAGGCAAGGAGCCCUUCAGCUGGCGUCGUGCUGGCCCCAAAGUUCCAGAAGUUCCUGUGGACCCAAGUCCAGGCUCGGGGCCCUCCGUGCCUGCCCCUGACCUCCUGAUGCAGAUCAAGCAGGAGAGCGAGCUCCAGCUGCAGGAGCAGCAGGCACUGGGCGUGGAAGCCUGGGCGGCCGGGCAGCCAGAUAUCGGGGAGGAGCCCUGGGGCCUCAGCCAGCUGGACUCCGGGGCAGGAGACAUCUCCACAGAUGCCUCUGGUGUCCAUUCCAACUUUGCAACCACUAUCCCGCCCACUUCCUGGCAGGCAGAUCUCCCUCCCCACCACCCUUCUUCAGCGUGCUCGGACGGGACACUGAAGCUCAGCACAGCAGCCUCCACGGAAGACGUAAAAAUCGUGAUCAAGACCGAAGUGCAGGAGGAGGAGGUGAUCGCCACCCCCGUGCACCCCACAGACCUGGAGGCCCACGGGGCGCUGUUCGCGCCGGGCCAGGCCGCGCGGUUCUUCCCCAGCCCCAUCCAGGAGGGCGCCUGGGAGAGCCAGGGCAGCGCCUUCCCGGGCCAGGAGCCCGUGCUCGGGCUGCGCGAGCCCUCGCGGCCCGAGCGGGACCUGGGCGAGCUCAGCCCGGCCGUGGCCCAGGAGGAGGCGCCCGCCGCCGCCGGGGACUGGCUCUUCGGCGGGGUCCGGUGGGGCUGGAACUUCCGGUGCAAGCCCCCCGUGGCCCUGAACCCCAGGACCGGGCCCGAGGGGCUGCCCUUCCCCUCCGACAACGGAGAGGCCAUCCUGGACCCCGGCCAGGUCCCGAGACCCUUCAACGAGCCCUGCAAGUACCCGGGCCGGACCAAAGGCUUCGGCCACAAGCCGGGGCAGAAGAAGCACCCGGCCGCGCCCCCGGGGGGCCGGCCCUUCGCCUGCGCCACCUGCGGCAAGAGCUUCCAGCUGCAGGUGAGCCUGAGCGCGCACCAGCGGGGCUGCGGCCUGCCCGACGGGGCGGGCGCGGGCGCGGGCUCGGCGCCGGCCCCCAGCGCCGCGGGCGGCGGGGGCGCGGGGGGCGGCGGCGGGCGGGACAGCAGCGCCCUGCGGUGCGGCGAGUGCGGCCGCUGCUUCACGCGCCCCGCGCACCUCAUCCGGCACCGCAUGCUGCACACGGGCGAGCGGCCCUUCCCCUGCACCGAGUGCGAGAAGCGCUUCACCGAGCGCUCCAAGCUCAUCGACCACUACCGCACGCACACGGGCGUGCGGCCCUUCACCUGCACCGUGUGCGGCAAGAGCUUCAUCCGCAAGGACCACCUCCGCAAGCACCAGCGCAACCACCCGGCCAUCGCCAAGGCGCCCGCGCACGGCCCGCCGCCGCUGCCCCCGCCGCUGCCCGCCGCCCCGCCCGACCCCUUCAAGAGCCCCGCCGCCAAAGGACCCCUGGCCCCCACGGACCUCGUGGCCGACUGGACCUGCGGCCUGGGUGUCCUGGGGCCCGCCGACGCCGGGGACAUGUGAGACCCCCCCACCGACCCCCCCCACGGACCCCCGGCGCGCGACAGAUGUACAGAGCCCCGUGUGCAGAAGGCAGGACAGC